GAUUAAAAUCACGAGAGGAGCUUUACCUAAAAGCAAAGCUCCCACUUCCACUGUGAUUCUCGGAGUGUUUGAUCGUCACAUCUCCAAAGCUAUAGUGUGAUCCAAUCUUAGCGCUCAACUCGAAAAGGGGCAAAAGAAGAAAAAGAUAGGAAAUUUUUUUCCUCUUUCUUUCUCUUAGGAUCCUCUAUCUCUCUCUCUCUCUCUCUCUCACUCUCUCGGCCUUGUGAGUGCGCCAGCCAAGCCAAGCUCCAACUUUUCUUUAGCUUUUUCUCUUAUAAGACUCUGUGUGUGCCAGGAAGCAGAGGUCCUCUCUUCCAUCUCUCGCAUUUCCCCUCCUCCAAUUCGAAUUCGCCCAAGAACUGCGAUCGAUCGAGCAUGGCCAAGGACGCGAGCAAGGAAUCGGAGGCGUUCGUGACGGCCAAGGAUUACGAGGAGCCACCGCCGGCCAGGCUUGUGGAUCCCAAAGAGUUUGGCUCAUGGUCCUUCUACAGAGCCGGCAUUGCCGAGUUCGUGGCCACGCUCUUGUUCCUCUACAUCACAGUCCAGACAGUCAUCGGCCACUCGAGAAACGCUGCAAACUGCGGUGGCGUCGGCCUCCUGGGGAUCGCGUGGGCGUUUGGAGGCAUGAUCUUCGUGCUUGUCUACUGCACUGCAGGAAUCUCAGGAGGACACAUCAAUCCGGCUGUGACCUUCGGCCUCUUCGUCGCUCGCAAGGUCUCGCUGCCGCGGGCGAUCUUCUACAUGAUCAUGCAGUGCCUGGGAGCGAUCGUUGGCUGCGGCCUCGCAAAGGGCUUCCAGAAGAGCUUCUACGUCCAGCAGGGGGGAGGAGCAAACUCCGUGGCAAGAGCACGGGGCUACAGCACAGGAACCGGGCUGGGAGCCGAGAUCAUUGGCACCUUCGUUCUCGUCUACACCGUCUUCUCGGCCACGGAUCCCAAGCGCGUCGCCAGAGACUCGCACGUCCCGGUGCUGGCUCCUCUUCCCAUCGGAUUCGCGGUGUUCAUGGUUCACUUGGCCACCAUUCCAAUCACUGGAACGGGCAUCAACCCGGCGAGGAGCUUUGGAGCCGCGGUGAUCUUCAACAAGGGUGUUUCAUGGGACGAUCAAUGGAUUUUCUGGGUCGGCCCCUUCAUUGGAGCUGCCGCGGCAGCGAUCUAUCACCAAUACGUGCUUAGAGCGGGCUCGGCGCUCAAGGCCUUGGGAUCAUUCCGCAGCAAUCCUCCACACCAGCACCAUGGGCACCCGUGAUCGAGAAAGAAGGAAACAUUCGUCUACUCGCAGCCAUCCUCCCUAGUUUUCGUCCUAGUUUUCGUGUUUUCAAGCUUUUCUUCUUCCUCCCAAGUGAUCUCUCUCUCUCUCUCUCUCUCUCUCUCUCUCGUAAUAGUUACCGGGGAGGAGAUUGUGUUCCAAGAACCAAGUUUGAUGUUGUUGCGAAGCGGUGGUGAUCUCCAGAGCUUUCGUACAUAUCUCCAAGUCAUGGAUUCGAUCGAUCGGCGCAAUCAAGUCAAGCCCAAUUUUCCCAGACGUGUCACCAACACACAGAUGAAGAACACGCCGGGGUCAUCUCUCUCGCGCAACUUCUCCUCUUCCUCUACUUCUUCCAAGAUCAUAAGGCGCAUUGCUGGCCAAGAUCAUCUCUCCCUUUCUCCAAAAGAUCGUUUGGUUCCCUUUUUCUUUGCUUGUAUUUCCUCCUCUCUAAUGUAAGUAUCGAAUCGAUCCACGCA